GGGCGCUGCGGCCGCGGGUUGUUUAUCUGGAGUACGGAGGGGAGGGGGGAGCCUGGAAACCGCCCCGUGUCCCAUUUCCUCCUCUUGUUUUCGCUCCGGAUUCUCCAUGUUGGACCCAAACUGAGGAGCCCGGAGCUGCCACCGAGGGAUCGGGGCUGGGGCCACUGGGGGAGCCGCUGCCUCGGCCGCCCGCCCUCUGUGCAGGCCGCCUCCCUUCCCGGCGCGGGGAGGAAACGCGAGGGGGGAUGUGAACAGCCGCGGGAGCCGGAGUCUCGGGACCGGAGCCCGACGGGCCCCCGCCCAGGCCCCCCAGCUCAGCCGCGCGCCCGCGCGUCCUCCCGCCCAGCCAGCCCGGGCCCGCGGGAUUGUUAGAUGGAACACGGCUCCAUCAUCACCCAGGCGCGGAGGGAAGACGCCCUGGUGCUCACCAAGCAAGGCCUAGUCUCCAAGUCCUCGCCUAAGAAGCCUCGUGGCCGGAACAUCUUGAAGGCACUUUUCUGCUGUUUUCACACCCAGCAUGUUGGCCAGUCAAGCUCGUCCACUGAGCUCACAUACAAGGAGGAGACCAGCGUCAUUGCUAAGUCGGACCUGCUCCAGUGUCUCCAGUACCAGUUUUAUCAGAUCCCUGGGACCUGCCUGCUCCCAGAGGCGACAGAGCAAGACCAAGGAAGGAUCUGUGUGGUCAUUGACCUGGAUGAGACCCUUGUUCACAGUUCCUUUAAGCCAAUCAACAAUGCUGACUUCAUAGUGCCUGUGGAGAUCGAGGGGACCACGCACCAGGUCUAUGUGCUCAAGAGGCCUUAUGUUGACGAGUUCCUGAGGCGAAUGGGGGAGCUUUUUGAAUGUGUUCUCUUCACUGCCAGCUUGGCCAAGUAUGCAGACCCUGUGACAGACCUUCUGGACCGUUGUGGGGUGUUCCGGGCCCGGCUGUUCCGGGAGUCUUGUGUGUUCCACCAGGGCUGCUAUGUUAAGGACCUGAGCCGCCUGGGAAGGGACCUGAGGAAAACCCUCAUCCUGGACAACUCACCCGCGUCUUACAUCUUCCACCCAGAAAAUGCAGUGCCUGUGCAGUCCUGGUUUGAUGACAUGGCAGACACAGAGUUGCUGAACCUGAUUCCAAUCUUUGAGGAGCUGAGUGGAGCAGAUGACGUCUACACCAGCCUUGGGCAGCUGCGGGCCCCUUAGCCUUCCUGCUUCCAAGAAACAGCCAUCCCAGUAGGGGACUUUGCUACACUGUGCCUUUCUGAUCAGCCUGACUGACCGAGCCGCUCAGACGCUGGAGCACCUUGCCAAAGGGUCGAGAAGCAGCCAGGAAGUGGUUGAUGAGAGCUUUAGGGCAGGUUAGGUACAGAGCAGGCAAAUCAGACCGAUGUCCAGAACUGUCUGCACCCUGUGUUUGGUUCCCAGGUAUCUGUGUGCAUGUGUGCGUGCGUAUGUGUGUGUGCACUCGCAUGUGCCCAUCCAGGGUGUCCAGUGUCUCAGUAGGGGGUCACUUGUCCGCCUUCCUGCUCUCCCGUGAGCUACUGAACGCCACAGCAAUGAAAACUAUUGCAGGCUCCCUUGCCAAACCAUGGCCUUUCCUCAGCAUCACAAGGCCUGUGCCAAGGAGAAAGGAGAGGCCAGAGGCAGCUUCUGGAUGCCGCAGGCACUCGCCUUUCUGAAAGCAAAAGCCUCACCAGCAGCUGCAGACAUGCCUGGGAGGGCGGGAGUGUGCUCACAGCACUCGGAACCACCAGGUCUUGUGGCCUACAGCUGCUCCUGGCUCCCACAGCGCGCCUGCCAUGGGCACUUCUGCGUCUGCCAGGCGCCACCAGCAGGCAGCCUUUUCACUCCGAGCCAUAGUCUUUCUCCCAUGGGGAAGGAGGUCUUCUCCCUGCCCUGGAAGAGGACAGAUAGCUGACUCCUGUUCUUUUAACUUUUAAAAUUCUCUUCCUAAAUAUGGAGUGGUUUGUAUCUGGCUGAGCUGCAGUCCUAGGCCUGAGAUGUGGGUGGGUGGUGCUGGGUACAGGGGAAAAACAAGGAUCCAAAGCAGAAUGUGUCUCCUUGCUUAGAGAUCCCAGAAAUUGCUCUUCCGGGAUUCUGUGCUAGCUGCUGCAAGGACUUUGGCUGCAGAAGCCGGGGAGGGCUGCUAGGCUGUUGUGGACUCCCGUUGCUCAGACAGGGCUCUUCCCACAUGUCUCCUUAGUGUGCCAUCCUGGCUGUUUCUCUUUCCCCAAGGCCUUGGGAGAACUACUUUUCCAGGACUGAGGGGUUUGUAGGUCUUGUUGUUACUUAGUUUGCCAAAUGGGCCAAUGCCUCCUGUUCCUGGUGGUAGGGCCGGGUGUGGCUCUCACAGGCUCUGCAUCUCUAAGUUCUCAGUCUUGAACAGUUUCCCCAGGUUGGACAGCAAGGGAAGUGCUGCUGCUGUUGGGCGCACACGGGCCCUGAGGAGCCCCAGCUCAGUACCACUGCCUUAGCUGAGUCCUGUCACAGGGCCGGGGAGGUUCUCCUCCCUCCUCGCUCACGGAGGUGGUGGACUUGCAGCUCUGCUUUUCCCGAGGCAAGUGUAGCAUUUAUGAACUGUUUCAGGGGUGGCCACCACCCACUCAGGAGUCGGAGAAUGAUCUCUAGUUUCCACAUACUAGGUCCUGUCUCAGGAACUAACCCGUUUCGAGAAAGCCUGCUGAUGGAGCUCAGUGUUCUGAGUGGAAGCUAGCUGACUGUCGUCCUUCUGGUGGUAUUGUGCAGUCUUCUUCCUUAGGCCAAGGCUGUGGGGCCUUGUCUUCCACUUUGGUGACAGAGCGGAAUAGAGUCCUCAAGUCCUGCCAUUUCCCUCAGCAUCCUUUGCUGGUGCCUGUGGGUCCUGCCAGGGUCAUGGGAGAGGGCUCCAGGUGCUAGCCAGGAGUGCGGGAGCUUGGCUGUGGCUCCAGCUCCUGGUCUCACUGCUACCCUCUCACAAGGCAACUCUGAGGGCUAGUCCUUGCCAAGCAAUAAGCUCGAGAGUUAGGUGGAUUUUAGGUCCUUUUCACCUCUUUUGGGUCUUCAUGCUUUACCUUGUAGAGGAAGAGCCUGUGCUCAUCCCUUGCCAUUAGGCAUAUGCAAGGACUGGAGUUUGACCCAUGACCAAAACUCAGUGUGGCUCCCUGGGAGCUGCUGCUGCUUCUAUGUGAACCCCAGCUUUCUAGGCCUGUCUGCCACCAGAAUACUUGUUGCCACCUGCAGUCUGCUACAGAGAGGCCAUCCCAAGUCCCCUCUUUCCAAACUUAACAGGACCUGUCCUAGUGGACCAGAGCCAGCCAGAGGCUGUUCCUUGCUGUCCUGUCCCCUUGCUCCUUGUGUGUCUUGGGGCAUGUGGUGCUUGAGAGGUGCUGCUGAGAGGACACAGGCCCACACUGGGAGAAGGGCAUAAUUGGGAGAGAGAGCCCGCUCAUUCUGAAGCUCAUUCUGGCUCCUGGCUUGCCACCAGCCUUCUCCAGGGCAGACUAGUCGUCAGGAGUCAGGACACCACCACGCUGGGUGUCAGCACCCACAUAAGCGUGCCAGGACUCUGCCUGCCUGCCAGGUUCAGCUCUUAAGGUGCCUCUUCAGGGACACAGUGUGUCUCUCUGAUUGGGCUUCUAAAUCAAAAGCCUGAUGUUCGUGUCCCUCUUAUAGGGGGAGCUUUGGACACAGGACCAGUUUGAUAAAGGGCCAGGGAAGUGCUCCACUCUGCACAUUGUAGGGGGACACUGCAGGCCCUCCGGUCCCCAGCUAGAGGUUGAGUGGAUCUGCCUUCAUCUAACCAGGACAUGUUUCGCUCCCUCCUGCCUCCCAAAGAUUUUUUUGUGUAAAUGUCUAGCCCUCUGUUAACAGUGCUCAGAACAGCUUUGUACUAAAGCAUGGCAGCCUCCAGGCAGCCCCUCCCAGGAAGGGGGCCUGUGCAGGUCCGUGCCCUGCCCUGUUCAGAGGCCUGCUGCAGUGCAGCCUGCUGUGCUGUCUGCAUCCCGCUGUUUCAGCCUGGCUUCCUACUUAGCCAUGGCUCCUCCUCAGUUCCUUCACCACCACUUCCAGACAGGGUUUCAUGAAUCCCAGGCAGGGGCUUGAAGUCACUGUGUAGCCAAGGAUGAUCAUGAGCUUCUGAUUGCCUGCCUCCACCUCCUGAGUGCUGGGGUUACCGCUGUGACCGCUGCUGGUUUAUGAGGUGCUGGGGCAACCCAGGGCUUCUUCAUGAUGGACAAGCACGUCCAGCUGAGUCACAAUCCCUAGUUCCCCUCUUUCUCUUUUUAGAAAACAUGGUUAGUAAAUUCAUAUUCAGGGGAGAAGAGGUCCCAAGUCUAGCCAGCUGCCCCACUCCUUUAAUGCAGGGUCAGCUCCUGGAACAGCCCUUUCUUUAGGCUGGUGAUGUUCUUCGCCUGUAACUGCCCGAGAUUUGCCUAUUUCUCCCUUCAAGAGGCCGUUUGGAGGGAAGGAGUCUGCUCCCACUGUGACUGGGCUGUGGGAUCCCUGACCACCUCGCUUCACAAUUUGAUACAUUUGUCGUAUUCAAAAACUUGAACUGUAGGAUGCUGUUAAGAGUCUGUUUAUAUUUUUGGAAUAUUUGUAUUACAAAUAGCUAAUAAAGGCUGUUUUUGAAACCUAA